AGUGAGCAAGAGAUCUGCCUGAGUCAACCCAAUUCGGGCUAACUGGGCAUCAGAUAAGGGGCCAUCUUCGGCUGAUGAAGAGUCUUGCCUGGGGCUGUUAGGCUCCGGCUUCGGCUUCUUGGGGCUCGGGUCUGCCGGUGGGGUUAAGGAGUUGGCCGAUGGUGAGGAUGUGGGGUUUGACCUCUUCGGUGUGAGCGAUGAUUCGGGGCUGAGGGACAUGAUUGCCUUCAAUUUGGGUUUGGCGACGUCAAAAUUUGGGGAUCGAAAUAACACUUAUGCAGGGUACAAUGCGGCCAAGGCCAGCCUUCUAUAUGGGUGGAUGCUCGCGGCUGGAGAAAUAGGAUGAAAUACCGAAUACGUGUUUGGAUCUGCGAGAAAUUCGCACCGGCCAAUCUGGUGCUGACACGUCUGCAAAAUAGACUAGAAGAAAAGGUCAUAGCAAAGAAAUUAGAAAUGUGUUUUUAGAACAAAAAAUACAAAAUUACAAAAGCCACCCCACAUCAAACCCUAAUCCAACCGCAGCAACAAGUUCAUCGCUUUUAGCUCUCACCGCCGGGCAUGUCUGCUGGGUCAGGUUAUUUCUGAUGAGAUAUCAGUGUUCUGGCUGAAGUUUUGUGAUGCACUAUUUGCAAGUAGAUCCAUUUAUAUAUCAAGGGAGGCCUUGCAUCUUCCAACUGUAAUAAUUGGUCGUGUUUGUUAUUCAGAAAUCUUCCGUAAAAUGAGAGAAGUUAAGGUAAAAGGUGUUUCGGGGUUGUGUACUCUUGAUUCUGAUACUGAAUUGCAAAUUCUACAAUCAGAAUCAGCUAGUGUCAGCCAGAGAUUUUCAUCUCUAAAUGUGCAGUCCACUCCUGAAAUAGAAAAGAAGUACGUUCAUCAUGUUUAUGAUGCUAUUGCACCCCAUUUCAGUUCCACCCGGUUUGCUAAGUGGCCAAAAGUAGCCAACUUUUUAUCUUCCUUACCCGCAGGAUCUCUUGUGCUUGAUGCAGGAUGUGGAAAUGGAAAGUACCUGGGAUUUAAUCCCAAUUGUUUUUCCAUAGGAUGUGACAUAAGCGCUCCUCUUAUCAAGAUUUGUGCAGACAGAGGGCAUGAAGUUUUGGUUGCAGAUGCUUUAGUUCUACCCUAUAGAACUGGUUUCGGUGAUUCAGCUAUAUCUAUAGCUGUCUUGCAUCAUCUGAGUACUGAGGGCAGGAGGAGAAAAGCAAUUGAAGAGUUAGUCCGAGUUGUGAAAAAGGGUGGUCUAGUUCUAAUAACAGUUUGGGCUGUGGAGCAAGAAGAUAAAGCAUUGGUUUCUAAAUGGACUCCACUCACUGAAAAGUAUGGAGAAGAGUGGAUAGGACCUGGUAGCCCUCGGGUGCGUAGUCCUUCAUCCUGUGCAUUGGAAAGCAUUCCAGAAACAGAGGAUAAGAUUAAGGGAGAGAUUGUGAAAGAUUCCAACCAGAAUUUUGUGCAAAUUCCGCGACAAAUGCCCUCUGAAAAUGAAGCUAUUACAAAGACUUCUGAUGAUAUGAAGGAUAUGAAUAAUCAACAAGAAUAUUUUGUCCCCUGGCAUUUGCCAUAUCAUCGUGCUGAAGUGAAUGGUGCUUCAGCUUGUGCUGUUGCGAAUGGGCUUGCGAAGAAAGAUGAUAGGAAGGGUGCUGUAGUGUACAACAGAUAUUACCAUGUUUUUAGUGAAGGCGAGCUUGAAAGGCUGGUAUCUGGUAUGGAUGAUGCUGUAAUUGUUGAUCGAUUUUUUGACAAAUCCAACUGGUGUAUUGUCCUGGAGAAAACAUUAUGAAAAUGCAAUAGAAAAAUAUAUGUUCUUGCGGCCUUAAGUAAACCAUAACUGUGGAGCAUGGAACAGCAAGGUAAGGCAGCAAGCAGACUAAGUUUAUUUUUCGACUUGUUUCCAAUGUUAUGGAAAACCUGGUUUGUAUUGAGGAACUGUUUUUGAAUUAGACAUGCUUUUAUUAUAGGUGGUUGACUGCUCUCUUGGUGGGUCUAAUUAUGUACACAUGGAAGUAUGCAUUAUAUUGAUUUAUUGCUUGUUU